GAAAACGGUGAUACUAAUUAAUUAGGAUAUGUUAAAGAAUCGCGGACAUAAACGGAAUCUUGACGAUUUUUGAAGAUUCUUCGAUCCCAGAUAUGAAUUAUGGAUAUUUUACACCGGAUUUCUCCGAAGCAGAUAUUCCUUUAGACGAUGGAAUUGAUUACGAGGGAGAUCUUACCUCGAAUCUCGAGGAGUUUCGAAGUAACAGUGUCAUUAGUACCCGCAGCCUUUGUAGUGCACUCGGAAGUCAUAUGGAAAUAAGAGCAAAGAGCCAGCAUCUUUAUGACGCCACCAUUUCACCCCCUCAGGACUACGAGGUUCCCCUACAUCAGCUUCGGGGUCUGAGAGGGAUGUACCGAACAGAAAACCUCCCCCAGGCAAAGGAUGUAAAGACCAAAAACCUCAUCAACUACUUAUUAAAAAAAGAGUCUAGCGUAUACAGAUCGAGAAAAGAUCGGCCAUUGCUUUCAGCGAGUGUUCGAAACACACAACGAUCACAGAACAGUCCUCUCCACUUCCCCAUAAGGAGGGAACAGACUCUGCCCGCAAUACACCUUAAUUCUGGACUAAAGAAAUCAGUUACUCCAAAGAAAUUCCAAAUUCCUAGAAUAGAACUGCAUAGCCCUGAUCCUACCGAAGCACAUGCUUUUUCUAGCAGACUUCUACGAAGACCAGCCGUUAGACCAACAAGUCCUAUAAACGAUUCAGACCCGUUGUUCUUUAAAUUCACACAAACAAUUGACCUUAAACCCAAAGUUUUUAAAACUCCACAAGAACAAGAAGCUUAUUAUGAGGAUAAAUAUCCUCUCCUUCUUCAUGCUAACCCUAGUGAUGCCAAAACACCACGCAAACCAAAGGAACCAAAGCGAGCGGAAGUAAUUGAAGAUCCGGCUCUUGAGCGAAGGCUCACAGUGAUUUCUAGAUUGGAUCAUCUGCAGGAAGCUGUGGAUGGAUUAGAAAAAGAGACGGAUGAUUGCGAAUUUCUUACAGAGCUCAGGGACCCUGUUUUUGACCCGACAACGUUUCCAUGGAAUCGACCGGAGCACAGAACUGAUGAAGUUCCCGGAACCCCCGCUGUGACCCCCUUCAGUAGCCAUAGUUCAUCGGAAGGGUCUAGUCAUUCUAGCAGCCCUCGAGAUCGAUGACGUUGAAAUCUUUUUAAAAUAUCAAAAUUUCUCUCUGCCAAUACAGACCCUUUGAGCCAUGGCUUGAACUCUUUUAAUAAGCAUCAGCAUUUAUCAACUUCAAAAUCUUCAACGCAUCUUUAAGUAUACAGCAUCAGUAAUAAAAAAAGACGCUUUAGUAAAUUAUUUAAUGUGUUUGAGAAUUUUUAAUGUGAGCAAAGUAUUCAAAGUAAAAUAUUGUUGGUGUAUAGGUUUUUUUUUUUUUACAAAUAAAAUGAUUGAUGGCUUUGAAACUUUCAGUUGGAAUGACCAAUGCAUUUUCACUGAAACUAAAGAUACACAUGUACCUAAAAAUGAAGGCGUGCAAUGCCAUCCCCCGCUCUAUGGAGUGUACAUUU